CAGGAAUGGGAUGCUGCCUCUAUAUGUAAGUGUGUCAAGGAAGUUCAUAUCAGAUGCCAGAUUGGAAAUGAUAUACAGGAACUAAACAAGAAACUGGAUACAAUCAUACCAGUAAUACAACAGUUAGGACUAGCUGCAGAAGAUCAAUCAGGAAUAGACAGCGAAGUUGCUCCUCAUUACAAUGAGUCCAAUACAAUAGGUAGAGGUGUUGGCAGUGACUGCAAUGAUCUUGUUAAUCUGCUACGGAGAGGUGGAGAAGGCGCCCAUGUUCUUUUCGCCAUAGUUGGAACUAUUGGAGUUGGUAAGAGUACUCUUGCACUCAAGAUAUACCAUGAGAUGAGAGGUAGGUUUAGAACCAGGUUAUGGGUAAAUAUCUCCAACGACUCCAGGCGCAUCACAAUAUGGUCUGGUGACACAUUUAAGGGAAGGGCAGGAAUGCCGGAGCAACGUGAGGUGUUACGCCGCUAUCUGGAUGGUUCUACCAGGAACCUGCUCUUGGUCAUUGAUAAUGUGCGGAAAGCAGAUGAUUGGAACCAGUUGCUGGCUGCAAAUGAAGCAUUCCGCCGUUGUGGCUGCAAAGUCAUUGUAACAACACGUGACGAGAAUGUCGCAAGGAUGAUGGGGGUGACCCAUUUUCACCGUGUCAAGUGUUUGAAUGGGGACGAUGGCUGGUUGUUGCUCCACAAAACCGCUAAUCUGGGAGGGACUGUAGCCACUGGUAACAUUCAGGAUGUUGGAAGAAGUAUCGUGCAGAAGUGCAGUGGCGUUCCGAUGGCAAUUAGAACAAUUGGAUGGAAUCUAAGGGGCAGGUGCCGGGAAGAUGAAUGGGAGAGCAUACAUUCACAAGAUUUCAUUUCCUCGUAUACAGGGAUAAGGGACAGUAUUGAUACGACGUACAUGGAGUUGAAGUAUCGCGUCAAGCGGUGUUUCCUCUACUGCUCUUUAUACCCGGAGCAAUUUGUGAUCAAGCAGCAGUGUGCCACGCAGCAGUGGAUUGCAGAGGGUUUCUUUGAGGGCAGACCAAAUUUGGAAGAGGAGGCUGAAAGCUGUUACCAGGAAUUAAUAGAGAGGGGUCUUCUUCUGCCUGAGCAUGAAGCUAAUGGUGUGGUGGGAGCAAAGAUGCCUACUCUACUGAGAUCGUUUGCACUCUAUCGGUCAGGUGAAGAGAACUGUGUGGAUAAUCCUAGUCGUAUCAGUAGUACCAGUAAACCAUGGCGCCUAUGCAUCACAGAUGAAGAAGCUAUAGAGGCCAUCCCGGUUUAUGUCACUCGUUUGAGGACACUCUUUGUGUCUGCAAGCCCACUCAGAAGAAGCAGCUUGGACCUUAUCAUUGGAAGGUUUCCGAACCUAAGAGUACUAGACCUUAGAGACACACAAGUUGAGAGCAUUCCCAAAACGCUGGGAAGAUUGCUGCAACUUAGGUACUUGAAUCUUUCGAAUACUGAAAUAAGAAAACUUCCUCAGAGUAUUGGGAAUCUGAUGAUGCUGCAGUUUCUAAUCCUCCAAAACUGUCCUUACCUCACACAAAUGACCAGCCAUGUUGGCCGUCUGGAAAACUUGAGGGGCCUCGACUUCUCAGGGGCACCAGAGCUAAAUGAUGUCCGUUUCAGACUACUCAAACUGACAGGACUCAACUGCUUGCGUGGUUUUUUUCCAGCUAACCAUGGUUUGAAACUCAAGGAAUUACAUGCACUGCGCAACCUUACAAGCCUCCAGAUACUGAAGCUAGGCAGGGCAUCAAGCAUAGAAGAUGCACACCAAUCAAGGCUGCAGGAAAUGUAUCAUCUGAAAGAGCUCGAACUGUGCUGCAGUUCUGUCGACCAACCACCAGUUGACGGUCAAGAGCAUAUGAAAGAUGUGUUCAGCGCACUCAGACCUCCUCAGAGUUUGGUUUCUCUCAAGCUAGAUGGUUACUACGGCAAUGGAUUUCCAGCUUGGUUUUCAGUUUCUCACCUUACAGCGCUGCAGCGGCUGACGCUUGAUGGCUGUGUCCACUGUCAGCGCCUACCAGCUCUCGGUGAGAUGAUGAAUCUCAAAUUCCUGGCUAUCAUAGGCUUCAGUGUGUUGACUGAGAUCAACUAUGAGCUUCGUGGGGCACCAGCAACCGGUGUGGCAUUUCCACUGUUGGAGCAGCUAUUCCUAGGGAGGAUGCAGAAUAUGGUGUCAUGGUCUGGUCUUGUAGAUAUAGACAUGCCUUUACUUGAGAGAUUACAGCUUGAUAGCUGCCCCAUGAUGAUUUCUGUCCCCUCAUGGCUCCAGCACUGCACGACACUGAAAAGCUUGAAGAUACAGCAUGCUGAUGCGCUUCAAUAUAUCGAGAAUCUGCCAGCACUUAAGGAGCUGCAAGUUCACUAUAGUUCCAAUCUGAAUAGGAUACUUAACCUCAGUAGACUGGAGGAUUUGAAAAUAGUGAGCUGCGCAUGUCUGACUGUCGUGCAGGAUGUUCCUCUGUUGCGCAACUUGCAUUUGGAUUUGGGCAAACACACAGCCGAGCUUCCAGAAUGGCUCCAGAAGAAACAGUCAUUUACUCUCAGGGGAUUGGAGAUUAUCGGCAGCGAGGACCUAUUGAACAGAUGCUCCUCAUCCACCGCGCGCUACGGGCGCCUCAUCAAAGAUGCAGCUGAUCAUGUUUAUGCGAAAUUGCAUGGUGGUUCCUUGUACUUUUCGUACACCAAGAGGACUGGCAUGUUCUAUAGAAGCCGACGAUGCAGGGAAUGCUUCAGUAUGCAAGGCGCAGCUAUCCUCGCGGUGCCUGUUGCUCCCCAGCGAGUUCAUGGUGGCUGGGAAACAUGGAUCAAGUACACACUUUGUGCCAUCUUCCUCAUUGUUUCCCAGUUCUUUGUUCAGUGGGCUGUUAGCUCUAGGUAAAUGAGUGGAAUUAUGUCACCUUUAUUCCACUUAUUUGAUGUACCUUUGCUGUCGCCAAGUUUCUGAUAUGUGAAAGUUAUUUGUUCUAGUGGAACAGGCAUGAUCUACGGUGUAUACCACCUCCACAUCCAUUGACAUAAUAACCUGUCAGCAAAAUUUGCCAUUGGUAACAGGAGAGCUAUUUGACAGUCAACAAGAGGAGCUAAAUAGAUUUUACAUCUGUUACAGAGCAUCCUUUUGCUGUUUCUCUUAGGAGGGAUAUCUUGUGUCAGAAGCCAAAAUGGGCGCUCACCUAAGUAGCAAAGCAUGCCUCGGUUGAGAGGCCACGAGGGCCUUGGGUGAAA